GCAGUCGCUGCACACUGCACAGUGCUUUGAACAUCGCUGUAUAUGACAUAAGCAGUCUCGCUUCUGUUUUUUCGAUGUGUGCAAUCUACUGAUAUUUCGGUGGCAGCGUGCGCCAUAGUGGAAGUUCUCUCACAGGUGCAGUGAUCCCGCGUGAGAAACGCCCCUUUCGCCUACCGUGUAUGCACAAGCGUUCGACUCCGAUCAUGGUUUUGGCGUUUUUUAUUGCGUCAGUAUCGGAGAAAACGUCGGGGAUUAUUUACUCUACAUUCUACGGUUGGAACGAGAGGCCACAAUUCGGCGACGCGCAAUGUGCUACUACCAGUGGCGACAACAGCGAUUUAGGUUCGGCUCGAGGGCCCAGCGAAAUGAACGAAGAGCAAAAGACUAGAUCUGAUCUCCUGAAACGCGUACAUCAGAGCGCGGUAGAAGACAUGAAAAACACGCCGCCCGAAGUUUCCAGCUCAUCCAGCGACGUCACGAUGCACUUGACGGAACGCAAAGGACAGUUUUUCUUCAGCGACGUCGACGUAGGCGACAGCAUUGUAGUGUGGCACUCGUUCGGCGAUUGUUGUUUUGUGGCCGUAUGCGGCGAAGCCGAAAACGUCUGUCUUGCAGGAUACUGCUUAAAGUUGAUCAUUCAAAGCGUGUCAGCGCACAUAAUUUUUUUGACACCAGCGGAGCUAAAUGGUAAAAUUGGACUCUUGCGCGGCAUCGUGGAGCUUUACAUGCCGAGUGGAAGACUGUUGUUCAUGAAUCAGAGUAUCGUGAAGCAGUACGAACAAAUGUUACACAAACUAGUGUCUUGAAUAAAUGUUUCGCAAACAUC